GGACUGGAGGUCGACCGUCCGUCAGCUGCUCUCAAUAUGAAUCCCAUCCAGAGUUUCCACUGUAAGCUGCGGGGUCUGGCCACCAUGCUGGACGGCGAGACGGCCCGGCUGCUGCGAGCGCUGGACGGCGAGGACAGCGACUUUGAAGAUUCUCCAAUGAGAAUUUUGUAUGACCUUCAUUCAGAAGUUCAGACUCUAAAGGAUGAUGUUAAUGCUCUUCUUGAUAACGCAAGAUUGGAAAGUCAAGAAAGCACAAGUUUCAUAAAGGCAACAAAAGUACUGAUGAAAAAGAAUUCAGCAGACAUCAUAAAACUAAGAGAGUUUUUCCAGAAGUAUGGAUACCAAGCACGUGACAAGGAGGAUUCAGCAUUCGAGCACAGAGGGAAUAAUUCCACCCCAGAGUUAGCUGUGCAGAAAGACAUUCAAAAGCCCGGUGUGGAGAACGAGCUGGUUGAGCCCUGUGUUCCGAGCAGCUCUGUUUCUGAAGAGCCUCUACGAAGCCCACAGCUUUCAGACUUUGGACUUCAGCGGUACAUGGUUUCCCAAGUCCCAGCAAACCCUCCCCAGACAACUGUCAGCCUCAAAGAGGAAUGUGUAUCUGAAACCUCUCCUGCCAAAGAACCCUCUGCUCAAGUGCUGAAGACCCCGAGAUGUGCUCUAAAGAUGGACGAUUUUGAGUGUGUAACUCCUAAAUUAGAACACUUUGGUAUAUCUGAAUAUACUAUGUGUUUAAAUGAAGAUUAUACAAUAGGACUUAAAAAUAUGAAGAACAUUAAAAGUUCCCUUCUGAGCGGUGCCAGUGGAGAAGCCACAGGGACAGGGCCUGUGACCAGUGAUGAUAAUUCUUUUGCCAUUCCUGGUCCCAUAAUCCAGCAGCCGGAAAAAAACGAUGCGGAAUACAUAAAUUCACCAUUGCCACCUAAAUUCUGCACUCCUGGUUUGAAAAUUCCUUCUGCACUGGACAGUACAGAUUUGGUAUCUAUGGAUUAUUCACUAUCAAAACCAAAUAGUUCAUCAACUGAUUUGGAAGUUAAAGAUUGUGCUCCAUUAAUUUUAAAUUCCGAUGAAUACUAUCAGAGUUUUGCAGACCCCACUUCUCCAACAAUUACUUCUUGUGAAAAUUUCACAACACCCUCUCCUCCGAAAGUCACUGCAAUUCCAGAAGACAUUCUCCAGAUGUUAACAAAGCACAACUCAAACCUAGCUUCUCCCAUGGAUGUUAAAGCAGUGCCACUGAGGAAAGGCUUCCUUAAGUACGAGGGGCGAAGCACCAGAGGUGCUGCCAACAAGGAAAACCAGAAACAGAAUUCUACUGUGGAUAUAUCCAGUACAGAAGCUCGACAGAAACAGGAAAGUGAGCUGCACUAAAGCUGUCAGAAUUUUACCUGGUUAACAGAGCAGUAGAGGUCCCGCUGGCAGUCUGCGUUCCUCACAGCCUUUCUCUUUUAUCUCAUUCUUACGUGAGAUUCACCACACUGUGAUGGUGUCUCCAGCUUCCAUCUCCAGCUUGACCACCCAGCAGAUCCUGAGUCUACCUGGAAGAUUCUGAACACCUACUCUGAGCCAGAAGCCUUGGGAACAUCUUGAUUCUAGAACUCUCUAAUAGCCUUUGAGCCAAAAUCCUCCUGAUCCAAGAACAAUUAGAAAGUAAUUCUUUCAAGUUCAUGAUUGUGCUACUGGGAGAGCUUUGCAAUGCGGCCAGGCAAGGAAUGAGGAGCUGGUGUUCUUGUAGAGACCAGCUACAAUUUUGAGAAAUAAUUGACAAAUACCAAUUGACUUACUAGUUUUAGGAUUUUUUUACUCCCAAUACAGGGUUUCUCUGU